AUGGCAACCUUUCCCCUUGACGGAUUUGAUGGAUACACGUCCAAGACGUUCGUCUUCAAGACGGAUCCUGAUGGCAAUCCCAUCCAUACAGACGUGGUUUACCCUACUCAGGCGGCAGACUCACCGAGCACCGUCCUUAUUCAUUUCCACGGCGGAUUCUUGGUGUUUGGUGACCGGUACAGCUUCCUCCCGUACUGGCUUGUCCAUGCAUCCGUCGCUCGGAACUGGAUUUUUGUGACACCAGAGUACCGCCUCAUCCCGGAAUCAACAGCCCAUGCCUCAGUUGAGGACGCAGUGGAUGCCUAUAAAUGGGUGAGAUCCUCGCUAUCGGGCCUGCUUGAACGCCCCAUCGGCUCGGUACUGGUUGCUGGAUCAAGCGCUGGUGGUUAUCUUGCCCUGACCACCACUACAAUUGUGGAAGAGAAACCGGACGCUCUGUUGUUGGUAUAUGGAAUGCUAGACGCGGCUGGACCUACCUAUACGACCCCCGGACCCAACAUCUUUGGGCAGCCCACAAUCGAGACAGGGCCAAUCUUGCGCGAAUUCCCAAUAACGAAAGAAGGCGACGGCAGAAAGAAACUCUCCGCGUACAAAAUGCCUCCUGACAUGGCCGCCGAUACAAGAUCGUCCCUCGUCUCAGCCCUCCAUGUUGAUGGGAUUUUCGUAGACUAUAUGACAGGCGUGGCUGGACUGGCUCGUGCUAUUUCGACACAAGGAGCGGAAGCUAUUGCAGACCGAGAUCGCCAUCUCUUCCCCUUGACGUUUGCGAACCUAGCUGGGAUUCCAAAGACAUACUUACUUCAUGGAGUGAAUGACUCAGCUGUCCCCGUCUCGUGCAGUGAGAAGGCAGCCGAGAAGCUUCGAGCUGCGGGUGUCGAGGUGGUAGAAGAAUUCCCGGCAGAUGCGGAACACGGCUUUGAUACGAGAGCUGGCAAUAUAAAUGUGGAGAGUGCGGAGAGAGAUGGACUGAAUGCCGUCGAGAGUCUAAGGAACGCUAUUCAAUUUCUCAGCUCCUCAGUUGCAGCCGUGGGACAAGGCCAAAAUCAUCCAGCUUCUGCAGCCAGUGAAUUGCAGAGGCUGUCACCCGCUGAUAAGCAAAAAGUUCAAGAAAUUGCUAUUAAAAUGAUGCAGAGUUCGUCAGAGGAACAGAAGAAUGUUGCCAGAGAGGUACUUCACCAAAAGUUUUCUAUGGCCGAGAUCCAGGAGAUACAAAGCCAGGGCAAGGAUCCUCUCAUCCUGUUCUACCAAGACCACGCAUACCAGGUACUCAAGGCGAAUACCGCUCGACAGUAG